GCCAUGUCUUUCCCGGUUAUUACUCGGAUCAGACGGGUCAAUUCCGAGCAUGAUUUGGACUUGCGUGAGCGCUUUGGUAGAGAUCAGAGAUGGACGCUCCCUGAGGACCAGACCAUUUGGUCCGGCAGGCGGGAAAAAAAUUAUCCCGCCAUCUUCCUCUGGAACAAGAACGAUAUACCGCUCACAGUCACGGGGGAGUUUGCCUUCCCGAUCACUCAAGACAAGACGAACUAUCGCCUCAGGGGUUCCCUAGGGUCCUUUAGCAUCUACAGCUCCUCGAUCUCCAUCAAGGGAACUGGGUCCGCCCUCGAAUUCACCGCCACCGGCUUUUCACACAUGGGCGCGACCAUUGACUCCCCGUUUAAAGUCCAGGGAGAUUGGUUAUGGACCGUGUUGGAUGACGCUAGGACUACUAAUAUAUCUCCCAACGCUGGCAAGAUUCCCCUUGAGCUUUACUUUUCGCUUGGCGACGAUGCCACCGCCUACGGACACCCCGGCGUUUUCUUCCUGGAGCUGGUCCGCAUCUCAUUUCCUCCGUACGAGUCUAUAGCUGGCAAGACGUGGGCUGCCCUCGAGGAAGACAUCAUCUUCGGUGUCGUUAAAGGGCUAUGGAAUCUUGGCAGCGGCUACACCAGCGACCGGCCAUUGUAUUACGAUUCCCGCUGGGCCAAAGGAGGCGUAUCCAAGCACCUCCGCCACGGUUCGCUCAACCUCGAGUCCAUCUUUCUGAAGAGACAGCGUUGCGUUAACUGCUUCGACCUUGCCGCCCUGGCUAUGGUAACUCUCCAGUCCCUGGGCAAAAGACCCGGAAACCCUCAUCCUGUUAACGUCGUCAGAGGGCUGAGGCUGACUACUGACGAGCCGUGGGGUUAUAUCCAUAUGGGGCCCCUAUUUGGAUGGGAGGGUACCAUGGCCCAUAGGUGCAACAACCCUUUCUGGCAGCACCGGGUCCAGCACAUGAAUAUAAACAUCGACGCGCAGCCCACGGUAGCCCCGCUUGAUCCUCUCCGGACCUACUUUAAUCGUCAUUGUUACUGCCUCUUUCGUCCAGCUCGGGCCACCUCCGAGCACGUCGUGGACAUUUGCCAUGCCAAUAUCGAUGCCACGACGGGCGGAGCCCUGCUCAUUUCCGGCAGUGAAACCAUUUCCGAAUUCCGAGACAAGUGCAUAGAUCGGGGCUACACCAACCUUUUUGCCCGGCCUAUGAUAACUAAACCGGCCGUUAUAAACUCGGUUAUUGCCUAAGCUGUCGGAUUCGACAUUACAAAGGAACUGACUUCCGACGUUGUCUCGAACAUGCACAGAGAUAAGUUACCUUGCUUAGCUUAUUUUGUCUUGGGAUCUAUUUAUAGAGUAGGAGACGAGGACCUCGUGAAUCAGACAUGCUAGUCGUACCCGAGCUUAGAGAGUAAAAGGUUAGUUUAAUACCUUUGAAAAUAGGAAAGUAGGUAGCUUUAACUCAUGCGGCGCCCGAUCUCUCUACAAUCGCUCGUGGUCCUUCGAACUCUCUGCGCGCUGCGGGCUUCUUGAUCGUUUCGGGGCAGUGCCUAAGCACAUAAAUACACGAUAUGACAUAUUCAGGGGAAAGACGACAACU